AUGACGUCGCCACCACUAACACCGUUACGGCGGUCCUUUUCGCAAAACAGCACAUCCCCGGCCAGCCAUCGCCUGUCGACAGCGUCACGCUUCUCCAAUGGCAGUCAAGACUUUGCUACCCACAUGGACGUCUCGGCUGGCGCAUCUGGCAUGGGCAAUCUCGCCGACGAACUCGAUUUUGCCGACUCGGACGAAGAAGACUGGGACUACGAUGGCGAAGCUGACCCCGACGGGCAUCAAGAGACGGGAAUCGAAGGCACACCGAGCGAGGGAGCUCAGGACGGCGCCGCCGAAGACGAAGGUCCAAGAGACAGUGGAGCUCACAUCGAGGACAAGGGGAAUGCCUCAUUACCACAUCGCAACUUCUCUCGCCCAAUGUCCCGCGAUGCCGACUCGGACUCGUCAAACAUCUUCUCCUUCGAACUGGAGGAUGCAAUGGCUCAAAUCUCACGCCUCGCCAACCCUGCCUCACACCAGAACCCGGACACCAUCUCCCGCACCCUUGUCGCGCUACAGAACCUACCCCCUCAGCAGUCCCUAGAGGCACAUACCCAGCGCCUCACCACAUCUACCAACAGUCUCUCCUCUCAUAUAAUUCAACAAACAAAGCACUUUGCUUCUCUUUCUGCCUCUCUGUUCGCUCCCUUCGGCUUCGGUACUCCACUGGACUUCCAGAUCAUCGACGACGACGUCAUGCCCGCCAUUACCCAAGUCAUACAAGAUCUACCCGCUCCUGAUUCUCGUGCUUUGCAUACUCUCUCACGCCUUGAUCGUGAAACGGCCGACCUAAUACAGACACUUGCCGCACUUUCCGACUCUUUGCAGAUGGGCCGUCAGACCACUGCCAGCGCUGCACGUCAUCUGAGGAACACACAACUCAUGCUCUCCGAGAUGCGUCGCGAAAGCGACCUAGCUGACCAGGCUCAAUGGCGCAUCGAAAAGGAGGACUGGGAUCAUCGUCUCGCCGGAAGGUUCUGCGCUAGUGAAUGUCGCGAUGUUGUCGGUGGCUUUGAACAAGUCUUUGAGGGCUUGAGAAGGGGGCUGGAAGAGAAGAUUACCGCUUAA